CGGCAACGUCGUUAAACAUAGCCUAAGGAAAUAUAAAAUCUAAAUAGCAACAAUCCCUGAUUUAGAAUACCGUGGAAAGUCCAGUAAAGAUGAAGUGUUUAUGUUUUAUUUUUAUAUGUGUUAUAUUGGGGAUAUCCCAAAAUCAGUAUGGAGUUCAUGGUGAAGGCCGCCCAGUAACAGGAAGAGUUACAAGAAGCGCUUUUGUUGAAAUGGGUCUACAUUUUGUUGAACUUCUCAAGUUAAGAAUAAUAUCUAACUGCGUUGCAAAUGGCUUUUAUAUUGAGGAUGAGUUAAAGGAAUCAUUUAAAGAUUUGGGAGUAUGUUUAAACAAAGAAAAAUUGUAUGUAUCUCCAAGAGAAGAUUUUCUUAGGAAUCUUAAAGAAUGCAGCGUUGAACCAAUUAAAUUAGUAAAAUCAUGUUUAACAAGGGAACAAAGUUAUUUUCCCGAUUUCCUGUAUAAUAUGGCUAAAGCUCAAAUUGACUUAAUAUACGAUAAUCGUGACGUUAUAUCGAUUUAUGUUCCUGUAUGCAGAAAAAUGUUUGAAAACCCGGAAAUCAAACGAAAUUAUCUGAACUGCCUAACAAAAUCUAAUAAGAAUCAUAACAGUUCUACAGAAAUUCCUCCAUCUGUUGAAACUUAUUGCGAGCGAUAUCUGCCGAGAACCCAUUGCCUCACAGACAUUUUUUAUAAUGAAUGUUCACACAUUCCAAAACUUAGGCAUUACGCAGAUGAAAGAACAAAGGCUCUUCAGUAUCCUUGCAGUCAAACAUAUGAAUAGUUUCACAAUUUUUAUUACAGUUAUUUUUUCACUUAAAACGUCUACCCUUCUAGAUGCUAUGUUAAUUAAAAUUACUUUAUACUUAUUUGCAAAGCAAUAAUAAUAACUUAAUAACAAAAAUAAA